AUGUUCCCCAAUGGCACCGCCUCCUCUCCCUCCUCUUCGCCUAGCCCUAGCACAGGCAGCUGCGGGGAAGGCGCCUGCAGCAGGGGCCCCGGGACCGGCUCAGCGCACAGCAUGGAAGAGCCAGGACGAAACGCUUCCCAGAAUGGGACCUUAAGCGAGGGCCAGGGUAGCGCCAUUCUCAUCUCCUUCAUCUACUCCGUGGUAUGCUUGGUGGGACUGUGUGGGAACUCCAUGGUCAUCUACGUGAUCCUGCGCUAUGCCAAAAUGAAGACUGCAACCAACAUCUACAUUCUCAACCUGGCCAUUGCUGAUGAGCUGCUCAUGCUCAGCGUGCCCUUUCUGGUCACUUCCACGUUGUUGCGCCACUGGCCCUUUGGCGCGCUACUUUGCCGCCUUGUGCUCAGCGUAGACGCGGUCAACAUGUUCACCAGCAUUUACUGUCUGACUGUGCUUAGUGUGGAUCGCUACGUGGCUGUGGUGCACCCGAUCAAGGCAGCGCGCUACCGUCGUCCCACUGUAGCCAAGGUGGUGAACUUGGGCGUGUGGGUUCUGUCUCUGCUGGUUAUCUUGCCCAUCGUGGUCUUCUCACGCACAGCAACCAACAGCGAUGGCACGGUGGCCUGCAACAUGCUCAUGCCGGAGCCUGCCCAACGCUGGCUGGUGGGCUUCGUCUUAUACACGUUUCUCAUGGGCUUCCUGCUGCCUGUCGGGGCCAUCUGUCUGUGUUACGUGCUCAUCAUUGCCAAGAUGCGCAUGGUGGCCCUUAAGGCCGGCUGGCAACAGCGCAAGCGCUCAGAGCGCAAGAUCACUUUAAUGGUCAUGAUGGUGGUGAUGGUGUUUGUCAUCUGCUGGAUGCCUUUCUACGUGGUACAGCUGGUCAAUGUGUUCGCUGAGCAAGACGAUGCCACCGUGAGCCAGUUGUCUGUCAUCCUUGGCUACGCCAACAGCUGUGCCAACCCCAUCCUCUACGGCUUCCUGUCUGACAACUUCAAGCGCUCUUUCCAGCGCAUCCUGUGUCUCAGCUGGAUGGACAACGCUGCCGAGGAGCCAGUCGACUACUAUGCCACAGCCCUGAAGAGUCGCGCCUACAGUGUGGAGGACUUCCAGCCCGAGAACCUGGAGUCCGGAGGCGUUUUCCGUAAUGGCACCUGCGCUUCCAGGAUCAGCACACUUUGAGGCUGGCACUGCCAGGAGAGGGAGAGUUGUCAAAAGGGGGAGGGAG